UAACAAUAAUCACUUUUGCACCCUCAAACUGCGUGUGUAGGAGGAAAACACCUCUAUCUUAUUGGUUGGGUCUUAUUGGAACAAACGGGACAGGAGAUCGACCGACCAGGCAUCAGCAGCAGAGAGCGACACCGAAAAAAGGCAAAACGAAGGAAAAAUAACUUUUUAGCAGCUCCUUGUCGUCGCCGUCGUAGUUGUCUUGUCGCGUUCGCGUUUUUCCUCCACCACAGCCAUCAGCAUUCAAGAGCGGUCGGUGCGUUCUUUUGGCAGGGCUCCGGAUUUUUCCCCGUGUGCGUGUGUGUAUUCCAAUCGGAUCGAGAAAGCGCAGUCAAAAGACAAGAAGUCUAGUUUCGGAGGUUCCUCUAAUAGGAAACGGUAGCAAAAACAUUGCAAAGAAAACUCGCCCCAAUCAGAAGGGAAGACGACGACGGCGUUCAAUCAAAAGUGGCCCAGGAUUGCUUCGGAUCUUGGAUCCCCAGUCAGUGCAGUGUUAUCAGCAAGAAGACGCACGAAUCCUUCGUCGCCCAGCUGGGAAUUGCGAUUUUUUUUCGCGACGCGUUUUUUUCAGUGAGAAUCUCGUGCGACACGGAGCUAGUUCGAUAUAAAAAGUAGCAAUCGACCGAAAUUAGUGCCCUAAAAUAGCAGCACCCGCGGCGGAGUGUGCAAAGAGCGUGUGGAAAACCCAUCAAAACAGAUAGGAGUGAAAAGUGAUCCCUCGGACCAAGUGCAAAUUCCCCCAUCGGUUUGUGUGAAACCAGUUCCAGGUUCUCCAGUCCGAGUGGCAUUUCGUGUGGUGAUUAUCGGAUUCUGUGUUUUCGCGUGAGCGAGAGAAGCGCAGAAGUUCCUUGGAGGACUCGCACCGCCCUUCGUCGUCAUCUGGAUUGUCUCCGGGUUCAGACGCGUUGCACCGGCCGGAAGCAACGCGCUCGUAUCGUCCUGUAAACUCCCUUCACGCUUCUUUUUAAUUAAGACGCCCCAAGGACCAGGAAUAAGAAAUUACAAGGGAAAAAGUCGCGAAUCCAGGAGAGCGUAGUUUUCCCUCCCAGCUUGUACCUGCCUCGCAUAGGAGUGCGUCCAUCUGCCAGGCGAUUCAACACCCAGCACCGCCCUUAGGAUAUUAAAUCUCCCCCCGAGCGCAGCACCCCCUCCACCACCCGAGCCCGCUUAGGGUCCACCCAUUCAGGGCAGAGUGGGGCACAAGCAAUAAAAGGUUUAUUAUUACUCGCACAUCCCGAUCACCCCGUACCAACGAGCCAGCGAGCAGCACAUCAACCGUAGCCAAGAGUCAACAACUGCAGCAGCAGCGGCGCAGUUUCGUCACAAAACACAGCAUCACAGCGGCAGCAGCACAAUGGGAAAGCAGAACAGCAAACUGAAGCCUGAGGUGCUGGAGGAUUUGAAGCAGAACACAGAAUUUUCAGACGCAGAGAUACAAGAAUGGUACAAAGGUUUCCUGAAAGACUGUCCCAGUGGCCACCUGUCGGUGGAGGAAUUCAAGAAAAUUUACGGCAACUUCUUCCCGUACGGCGAUGCGAGCAAGUUUGCAGAGCACGUGUUCCGAACGUUCGACGCCAACGGCGACGGCACGAUCGACUUCCGGGAAUUCCUGUGUGCCCUGAGCGUCACCUCCCGAGGCAAGCUGGAACAGAAGCUGAAAUGGGCCUUCUCGAUGUACGACCUGGACGGCAACGGGUACAUUUCCCGGCAGGAGAUGCUCGAAAUCGUGACCGCAAUCUACAAGAUGGUCGGCUCGGUGAUGAAGAUGCCAGAAGACGAGAGCACACCGGAGAAGCGAACGGACAAGAUCUUCCGCCAGAUGGACCGCAACAAGGACGGUAAGCUGAGUCUGGAGGAGUUCAUCGAGGGCGCGAAAAGUGAUCCGUCGAUCGUGCGGCUGUUGCAAUGUGAUCCGCAGGCGCAGUGAGCAAUUCCAAAUCUUACACAACCUCCACCAUCAUCAACACCACCAUCACUACCACCACCGCCAUCACAACAACAACAACAGCAACAACAAAAACAACAGACACAAACACUACAACAGCAAACUCUUGUUCGGUGUCGGCGUCGCGGCGGCUGUCGCUGGCGUCGGCUUCGGGCCACCAAUGCAAAUACUUCUACCGCUAUUACUACAACAGCAAAAGCAACAACAACAGCAAGUAACUCUAACGCUAAUUAUGCUAGUGAGGAGAAAGAGGAGGAAGAUGAAGAGGAUGUGGAAGAACAAAGCGAAGAAGAGCACGAUUGGCUAAUAAUCGAUAAGUCGAAAGCGAGUUCGAGUCGCUGUCGCCGCCGCCGCGUUAGCGAACUGAGACAAACUUUGCAAAACGCUAAUAGUAACUCUGAUAACAAGAAACCUAAUAAUUAUAAAAUUUUACUCUUAUAUAACAAUAUUUAUUGCAAAUCACAGUUUAUAAUUUACAAAUUGAGAAAACUGAUAAAAAAUGUUAAAAAACAAUAUAAAUAAGUAUCACAAAAGUUUAAACACAAAACAAGUAUAAACUAAUAGUAAACAAAAAAAAAGAACUUUAAAGUAAGCCUAAAUCGUUGAAUCAGCUGAGGAUUUUUGUUUUCUAGAUAUACAAUACAAGAGCGCGAGUUUAUAUGUAAAUAUUUUUUAAAUUGAUAUUUCUUUUCAUCGCUUUUCAGUGUUCUCUCCUCCCCACCUCUUUUUUCCCAUAUUACGAAUGUCAUUGAUUGUGUAAGUCACGACGCAUCUUUCAUCCAACACACAUAGCCGUUCAAUGCGUUAUUAGUUGUAGUGUGUUGUCCAUAUUGAUGAGAGAGAGAAAGAGAGAGGAAGAGAAAAACGUGUUAUUAGGCGCACUGUUAAUCGAUUUCGAGAUCUAUCUUUAGUUUGUAUAAAUCCUUCGAGCAAAACAAAAUAACGAAUCGCUUCCUAAUGAAAUUCAACCGAUCUACACAAACAUACACAGAGUACACACAAACACAUACACUUAUUGUAACUAGUAAGACCCCUAGGCUGCUGUUGGUAAUUUGAUUCGAUGCUCUACCCCUUUCCCAAUGUAGUUUGAAUCGGAUUCGCGCGAGUACGUAUUUUUAGGCUAAGCAGAGGUAGACAAAAUCCGUAUUCCCAUCACCAGUCCUUUCCAGUUGUAUGUUAACUGCUUUACCGGGAGACGUAGGAAAAGUGAGGAUCAUGAUUGAGGAAUGUUGAUGAAUUUUGAUGCUCACUUUUAUCCGUUCUCCUACUCUUAAUGGAAUGUUACAAAUCGUGUGAUACUACCACUAUCGGCUUCGUAAAUUGCUUUACAAUGUUUUAAAUGCCUCUCACUUCUUUUAAAACCUAUCAGAACAAGAAUCAAUCAAAGGAGAAUGCAAUUCAUAAGUGAAAAGCUUCCUAUUGGUGAUACGUCCGAUGUAAGGUUGAUGUUGAAAUGCGUAUCUAGAAUAUAGCAUUCUCUUGGGAAAUCAUCCAAGGAGUCUUCACGAUUUCCUCCAGCGGAUUCUUCCAGUGAUUUCUCCACGAAUUUCUUUGGUAAUCCCUUCAAUAGUCUCCCCAGAGAUUCUCCAAAAACUCCAGGGAUAAAUCUAAGAAAUUUUUCAAAGAUUUUUACAGGAACAGUUCUAGGAAUUUCUUCUGAACUUUCUCCAAAAUAUCUCCAAAUAUUUUCUCAAGAACUCUUAAAGGGAUUUCUUCAUGAAUUCCUCUGAAGAUUCUCUCAGGGAUUCUUUAAGAGAUUCCUUCAUUUCGAAUAUGGGUUUCUCUAGGAAUUUCUUCACGGAGAUCUCCAGAGAAUCUUCAAGAAAAUAAUCCUAGGGGUUCUUCGAGUAUCCUUUCCGAAGUUCAUUAAUUUCUUGAAGGAUUUCUCCAGAAAUUUCUUCCAAGAUUCUUCCACAUAUUCGUCCAAGAAUUUUUCCACAAAUUUCCUCAAGAAUUACUCCAGCGAUUUCAUUAGUUUUUCCUAUCGAUAUUCCUUCUGGAAUUCCCGAGAGAUUCUUUAAAAAAGACUCCUCCAAAGAUUACUCCAGGAAGCCCUACGGAGAUUCCUUCAGGAUUUUUUCAGAGAUUUCUUCAGGAAUUCUUUCAGAGAUUUCUUCAAAAGUACCUUCGGAGGUUAAUUCAUGAAUUUCUUCGGUGAUUUCUUUGGAGGUUCCUUCCAGAAUUCCUUUGGAGAUUCCUUCCGGAAUUCCUUCGGAGAUACCUUCCGGAAUUCCUUCCGGAAUUCCUUCGGAGAUUCCUUCCGGAAUUCCUUCGGAGAUUCCUUCCGGAAUUCCUUCGGAGAUUCCUUCCGGAAUUCCUUCGGAGAUUCCUUCCGGAAUUCCUUCGGAGAUUCCUUCCGGAAUUCCUUCGGAGAUUCCUUCCGGAAUUCCUUCGGAGAUUCCUUCCGGAAUUCCUUCGGAGAUUCCUUCCGGAAUUCCUUCGGAGAUUCCUUCCGGAAUUCCUUCGGAGAUUCCUUCCGGAAUUCCUUCGGAGAUUCCUUCCGGAAUUCCUUCGGAGAUUCCUUCCGGAAUUCCUUCGGAGAUUCCUUCCGGAAUUCCUUCGGAGAUUCCUUCCGGAAUUCCUUCGGAGAUUCCUUCCGGAAUUCCUUCGGAGAUUCCUUCCGGAAUUCCUUCGGAGAUUCCUUCCGGAAUUCCUUCGGAGAUUCCUUCCGGAAUUCCUUCGGAGAUUCCUUCCGGAAUUCCUUCGGAGAUUCCUUCCGGAAUUCCUUCGGAGAUUCCUUCCGGAAUUCCUUCGGAGAUUCCGGAAUUCAUCCAGAGAUUGCUUCCAGAAUUCCUCCGGAGAUUCCUUCCGAAAUUCCUUCGGAGACUCUUUCCAGUUUUACGUUUUUUAGAUUCCUCCAGGAAGUCCUCCGGUGAUUCCUUCCUUUUUUAAAGAAUUCCAACAAGAAUUGUUUCGAACUCUGAUUAUCAAAAUUCCUGGCUCACUACAACGUCUUUAAAGCCCCGAUAAAACUUGUAGUAUACUAGUCAAAUCGUCAUUACAACAGAGUGUUACUUUGCAGGAAGCUUUUGGUCUGCUUUUGAUUGAUACUUGUCUUUUGUUUUUAAACAAUAAUCUCACAACCGUAGAUGACAUAUCGUGCAGAAGAUUGAUCCCACUCGUUUAUGGUUUUAUCACGGUUUUAAUUCAUGUGAUAAAACAUGUCGCAAAAUCUUCACGGUAUGACAUCUUUGGUGAAACAUGAGUAACUCUACCACCACCCAUGGAAACUCCAAGAAGACAGACUUAUAGGCCUAAAUGAUUAUCGUCGCGUCGCAUCGUAAGAAUUUUUCGCUGCCUCCGCAAAGUCACUUUUUGCAAACAUUUCGCCCAAUCACGAUCACGGGAGUCACGAUGUAAGCGUGUUGGUGCAACAGCAGCGAAGAAGCGUCAGCAUCCGUCAACUCGAUUACCCAAGUGCAUCUCAAUUCUUCUUUAGAUGAAAGUUAUCGACGAUUGAGAUGCACUUCUGAAAUCAGAGCAAAGACGGUUCGUUGACCGAAGAAGAAGAAGACGGUUGAAUUUAGAGAUAAGUUUGAACAGUAGAGUCCCCAAAACCUAGAUUUUAACGUGUGAGUGUGCUGAUUCAAUUCUAAAACAAAAUCGAAGGAUAGUGGCAUGAAGGCAGUUUCCGAAAUUGUACCGCAACCUCCAAACAAACGUAACACGAUGGUGAUCCAUGUCUUUAAUUUUUGUUUUGUUUGUUCUAAGAUUGAUAGAACCCCUCGAAGUAUUUGACGAUUCUUUAUAUAUUUAUUCAAGUGUAUGAAUUAUCCUUCCCUAUUUAUUAUGUUUUAACACUAUACAUUACUUAUACUUAACAAUCGAGAGUCGUCCCCAGACGGCCACAUCUCAUCGACAACCAUUUGAUUUCGCUCCCUAGCCAUGUGAUUGGUUUCAACACCAAAAAAAAAUCGGAAGAAUUUAUAUUCAAAAUUUAUCUCUUACGUAAUCAUUACCCACUCAUUGACACUAAGUGAAACAUUCAUCUCAAAACCCCUUUGGUUUUCUCAGCUCUUUUUGUGAUCACAAACACGCAUACAAACAUGAACGAACACAUCACUAUCUCACUAGACAACAGGUAUAAUAACAUCAUUAAAUAGUUAGUGAACUCAGUGAAACAAAUUUAGUUAUGUUUUUGAUUUCCCUUCCCUUCAAUACUUACGUUCGUCAUUUUCGAACGCCCGCACCCGCAUACACAUAAACAGUCCCAAUUUUAGUUGCUAAGAUAAGAAUUAAACAGACGUUUGUACAGCCUUUUGAAUAAAAUUGAUAUAAUAUUUUUUCAUUUUA